AUGACUGCUGCACCAGCAUCAAAGCCUAACGGCAAUGGAGGAAAGAAGGAGGUCAAGAUUCUUAUGCUUCACGGCUACACACAAUCAGGUGCUCUCUUCCGGGCCAAGACCCGCGCUCUAGAGAAGACUAUCGUCAAGCUCCUUAACCCUAUCUCACUUCUCCCCGUCUUUCUCUACGCUACGGGUCCCAGCCGGCUCAGCCCGGAAGACAUCCCCGGCUAUCAACCUCCUGAGGAACCACAGCCCGAGGACUACCAGCCUGACACUUGGGCUUGGUGGCGCAAAGAUGAAGCUUCAGGCAACUACCGCCUGUUAGAUGAGGGAAUGGCUACCGUUGCAGAGGCUAUCCGAGAGUCGGAGGGUAUCGAUGCGGUUUGCGGCUUUAGUCAAGGUGGUGCUAUGGCUGCUCUUGUUGCCGCUGCGUUGGAGCCAGAGCGCGCUCUGCCAGAAGGCAAGGAAGGAGACUGGGCGAGAGGGUUGAGAGAGGCAAACUCUGGAAGCCCGCUCAAGUUCGCUGUGUGUUACUCGGGCUUCUGGGCGACUCCCGACUCACUGCAAUUCUGCUUUGAGCCUAAGAUCAAGACUCCUACGCUUCAUUUUCUAGGUAGUCUCGACACAGUGGUUGAUGAAAACCGAAGUCGUGCACUGACAGAUCGCUGUGAAGAGCCUCUCGUGCUUGUCCAUCCCGGCGGUCAUCACGUACCCGUCAACAAACAGUGGGCAGCACCAUUGGCGGGGUUCAUCAAGGAGCAUGGCCAAGAUAAGGAGUUCAAGUCGGAGCUGUAA